CCGCAAGAGCCUCGCAUUUGAUUUCCUCUGGGCUGUGGGCUCUGGGGUAGGGGGAGGGCGCCCGAGCGGGUCUUCCAGUGGGGGAGGAGCCAAGGGAGGGAGAGGCAACUAUUUACAAGCCACGCCCCUUCACUGACCAACCCCCACAAGGUAUCCGCCCAUCCAGGCGGGGUCCGUGAGCGCCGAGAGGAAAGCUUGUCUACGCCCCGGCAGAUUCUAUUGGCUGAAAGGCCGUGGGAAGCUGCCAUAAGUAACCAAUUGAAUCACUGGACCGCCUCGUGAGGGCGGGGAGAACAACGCAAACUUCCUAAAGAGCCAAUAGAGAAGAGGAACGGCAAAGAGCUUCCUGAGUUCGGGAAUCUGUGGAAGAUGGCGGCUGCCAAAGAUAGUUGGUGUGUGUGUGAGUUGCUGAGGUUUUUUUAUUCAUUAUUCUUUCCUGGGCUAAUUGUGUGUGGAAUUUUAUGUGUAUUUUUGGUCAUUGCCCUUUGGGGAAUCAGACUGCUGCUACAGAGAAAGAAAUGGUCAAUGUCAACCAGCAAAAAUGGAAAAAAACAAACAGUGAUUGCAUUUUUUCAUCCAUACUGCAAUGCUGGUGGAGGAGGAGAAAGAGUUUUAUGGUGUGCCUUGAGGACCCUGCAAAAAAAGUAUCCUGAAGCAUUUUAUGUUGUUUAUACUGGUGAUGUUAAUGUCAGCGGUCAACAGAUACUAGAAGGUGCUUUCAGAAGAUUUAACAUCAGAUUAAUCCACCCAGUGCAGUUUGUUUUUUUAAGGAAACGCCACCUUGUGGAAGAGUCAUGCUAUCCUCACUUCACACUACUAGGCCAAAGCCUAGGAUCCAUUUUCCUUGGUUGGGAAGCACUGAUGCAGUGUGUUCCUGACCUUUACAUUGAUUCCAUGGGAUAUGCUUUCACACUCCCUCUGUUUAAGUACCUAGGGGGUUGCCAAGUUGGAAGCUAUGUUCAUUAUCCCACUAUCAGCACUGACAUGCUCUCUGUAGUGAAGAAUCAAAAUGCUAGAUUUAAUAAUGCAGCCUUCAUUACCAGGAAUCCUUUUCUCAGCAAAGUAAAACUCAUCUACUACUAUUUAUUUGCUUCUGUUUAUGGACUUGUUGGUUCAUGCAGUGAUGUCGUCAUGGUCAAUUCUUCUUGGACGUUAAACCAUAUUCUGUCUCUGUGGAAGGUUGGCAAUUGCACGAACAUUGUUUAUCCACCGUGUGAUGUGCAGACAUUUCUGGACAUUCCUUUACAUGAGAAAAAGAUGAUCCCAGGACAUUUAUUUAUUUCCAUUGGCCAGUUCAGGCCUGAAAAGAAUCAUCCUUUGCAGAUCAGAGCCUUUGCUAAAUUGCUGAGUAAGAAGGUGGCUGAGUCGCCUUCAUCACUUAAACUUGUCCUCAUUGGAGGUUGUCGUAACAAAGAUGAUGAACUUAGAGUGAACCAACUGAGAGGACUGUGUGAGGACUUAAAGGUUCAAGAAAACGUGGAAUUUAAAAUAAACAUUCCAUUUGAUGAGUUAAAGAAGUAUUUGUCUGAAGCAACAGUUGGUCUGCAUACCAUGUGGAAUGAGCACUUUGGAAUUGGAGUGGUGGAGUGUAUGGCAGCUGGCACAAUUAUCCUCGCACACAAUUCAGGGGGCCCGAAGCUUGACAUUGUUGUGCCUCAUGAAGGAGAGGUAACUGGCUUUCUGGCUGAGAGUGAAGAAGACUAUGCUGAGACCAUGGCCCAUAUUCUCUCCUUGUCAACAGAGAAGAGACUACAAAUCAGAAAAAAUGCUCGUGCAUCUGUAAGCAGAUUCUCUGAUCAGGAGUUUGAAGUGUCAUUCCUGUCAUCUGUGGAGAAGUUAUUUCAGUAAUGCUGUAUCUGUGUAAAUGAUCUUAUAUAAAAGGGUCAGAGCUAAUGGUGUUGCUCAGUGGUAGAACACAUGAUUGGCAUGUGCAGAGCCAGUGUUCAGUCCCCAGCACCAAAAAAUAAUAAAAUGACUAAAUGCCUUCUUAUGUAAAUAUUUUUCUAAACUCAUUCCCUGUUAUAAAAAAGUCACCUUGAGCAGUGUUCCCAGAUGUAUAUAGACAAGGUAUUCAUUUCAGCGGAAAAAGUCAAAAUUA